AUGCGGCCAUUUAGGCUUGGACAGAAAUUAUGGGAUCGAGCAACGGUUAAACGAAGAUAUGAUGAACGGUCGUACGAGGUAGAGACUGAUAGGGGGAAUUUCCGACGAAAUAGAGUAGAUAUUAAGAAGACGACGGAACGUAAUAAACACCCGACUGAGGGGAGACCACAGAUUGGUGGACGGCAGCCCGCUAUUGAGAUCCAGCCAAAAAUACCAGAAGUGACAGGAAACGACCGACAUACCGUUCCAGUGACUACGAGUAACAAUGACGGCCAACGAUGCAGCGACGGGUAUCAAUGA